CGCCUCAUCGGUCGCCGUUGCAGCCACGACAACACAACACAGACGCACCACCACCACCCACUGAAGUUACUCAAGAACUAAUUCUCCGGCCGGCCGGAAAUCGCGCGCGUCAGUCAGGAUGGCACCCACGGCGGCGGAGCAGCACACGAGGAAGGCGGUGGGGCUGGCGGCGCGCGACGCCUCCGGCCACCUCUCCCCGCUCGCCAUCACCCGGAGGAGCACUGGAGAUGACGAUGUGGUGAUCAAGAUUCUGUACUGCGGGAUCUGCCACUCUGACCUACACAGCAUCAAGAACGAAUGGAAGAAUGCCAGGUAUCCCAUGAUCCCUGGGCACGAGAUCGCCGGCGAGGUCACUGAGGUCGGCAAGAAUGUAACCAAGUUCAAGGCCGGUGACCGUGUGGGCGUCGGGUGCAUGGUGAACUCAUGCCAGUCUUGCGAGAGCUGCAACAAGGGCUUCGAGAACCACUGCCCAGGCAUAAUCCCCACCUACAACAUGGUCGACCUCGACGGCACCAUCACCUACGGUGGAUACUCUGGCAUGGUGGUGGUGCACGAGCGGUUCGUGGUCCGGUUCCCGGACACCAUACCACUGGACAAGGGCGCGCCGUUGUUGUGUGCUGGCAUAACCGUGUACAGCCCCAUGAAGUACCACGGUCUGAACGUUCCCGGGAUGCACCUCGGCAUUUUGGGACUGGGCGGGCUGGGCCAUGUUGCGGUCAAGUUUGGCAAGGCCUUCGGGAUGAAGGUGACGGUGAUCAGCUCGUCGCCGGGGAAGAAGGAGGAGGCCCUCGAGCGGCUAGGCGCCGAUGCGUUCGUUGUCAGCAAGGAUGCCGAGGAGAUGAAGGCUGCAAUGAGUACCAUGGAUGGCAUCAUAAACACGGUGUCUGCAAACAUCCCCAUGGCUCCUCUCUUGGGGCUACUGAAACCCAACGGCAAGAUGAUCAUGGUUGGCCUCCCAGAGAAGCCUAUGGAGAUCUCCCCCUUUGCGCUGGUUGCCAUGAACAAGACCCUGGCCGGGAGCUGCAUCGGCGGCAUGAAGGACACCCAGGAGAUGUUGGACCUCGCCGCCAAGCAUGAUGUGACGGCAGACAUCGAGGUGAUUGGAGCCGAGUACGUGAACACGGCCAUGGAGCGCCUUGCCAAGGCCGACGUGAGGUAUCGAUUCGUCAUCGACAUCGGCAACACCCUCGACAAAGCCGCCGCCACCGCCUCCGAGUGACUCAGGAUCUCUGUUUUUGUCAGCAGUAACAAGAGAGAAAUUUAUAAUAUUGUGUGUGAAAGCGUACGCCAGCAGGUAUAGGCGCUACUUGUUGUACUAGUAUAAUAUUUAUAUUAUAAUAUUUAUAAUUUUAUUAUAUGUGAAGGAAGACGUUACAUGAAUUCUUC